AUGUCAACCUCAUCAUCUUCUUCUCCAUAUUCUAAUUCUGAUGUUACCAACAACCACGCCGUGAUUGUAUCAUCAUCUCGGUAUUGGUUCAAUUAUCGGCACAUUAACAAUGCGUUGGCAUUCUAUCAACUCGUCAAGGCGAAUGGGAUUCCCGAUGAAAAUAUCAUUUUGUUUUUGGCGGAUGAUGUGCCCUCCAAUGCCCGUAAUCCGUUCAAGAAUGGCAUGUAUUGGAACGGUAUUGACGAUUCCAGAACGCUAUACGAUGCAUCCAUUGAAAUUGAUUAUCGAGGAGAAGAUGUCACGGUCGAAAAUCUGGUACGAGUCUUGUUGGGACGGCAAGGAGAAGCUAGUAGUACUAGUAGUAGUGGACAACAGAGACGACACUUGAUGACGGAUGAAAACAGCAAUAUUCUCAUCUUUUUGACAGGACAUGGAGGAGACCAAUUCUUCAAAUUCCAAGACAUUGAAGAAAUCACGUCGGAAGAAAUUGCUUCGGUGCUAGAAGAAAUGCAUCGUCGCAAGAGAUACAAGGAAAUACUACUCGUGGCCGAUACCUGUCAAGCAUUUACACUGGGAGAUCACAUUACGGCACCCAAUGUCAUGGUCAUUGGAAGCAGUCUCCGAGGAGAAUCUUCCUAUGCACACCACUCGGAUACCAAAUUGGGAUUGAGUGUCAUGGAACGUUACACUCAUGCGUUUGUGCAGUUUCUCAAAAGCAACAAACAAAUUAAGGGAGUCUUGACACCCGGUUUGACCAUUCGCAAGGCCAUGGUAGAGCCCUAUUCCUUUGCACAACAGCGGGCUCAUGUGGGAUUUCGUGAAGAUCUCAUGCAACGGCGGACCGUCGAUGAGGUACUGCUAUCCGAUUUUUUCUUCAACAAUCAACUACUUCACAAACAACAGCAACAACAACAAUUAAAUCAAAAUCAAACCAGACUCGUGUCCCAAAAUGCCCUGCCCAUUCGUCCCAUUGGACGAUUGGACAUGCCAACAACAACAAAACCAAAAUCAACAGCAAGAAGAAUGAUAAUAGACCAGCAGCCUGCAAGAGAGGAAUACAAGGUAGAACUCGUCCCAGUCUACAAUCCAUCCGAUCCACCCUUUUUGGCAGCCGUGGUCAUCUUGUUGAGUUUCGUCAUGGUGCUCUCCAAGCGGACAUGA